AUGGAGAACGUGCACGUGUUCGACGCGGGGUGGGUGGAAAAGGUGACGAGGCAUCCGCACUGGUGGGUGAUCCACCCGUUCAGCCUAUUCCGGCGCCGCUGGGACAUUGUUCUCAUGCUCUGCCUCUGGUACGUCGCGCUCUGCGUCCCGUUCGUCAUAGGAUUCGAGGUGCAGUACGAAGAGACGAGCGCGUUGUACGUCGUGGAUAGGAUCGUGGAUUGUUUCUUCAUACUCGACGUGGCGUUCAACUUCCUCACCGGGUACACCAGCCAAGAUCACGCGACGAUAGUGAUGCAGCCCGGCAAGAUUGCGAGGCACUACGCCAAGACGUGGCUGGUUUUCGACCUCAUCGCGUCCGUCCCGGUCGACCUGAUGCUGGGCAACUUCGUGCGGGUCAUGAAGCUUUUGCGGCUCGUCAAGCUGUUUCGCAUGCUCCGCCUUAACCGCAUCUUGCACAGGCUGGAGCGCAAGAUGAGCAUCAAAUAUGGGCUGUGGCAAGUGAUCAAAUUCGCGUGCGUGGUUCUCUGCCUCGGGCACUGGCUCGCGUGUGCUUGGUACCUGAUGCACACGCUGGAGAGCGGCUGGGGCGAGCGAGCCUCGACGGCGACGGGACUAAAACCAACGUGGGUAGACGCUCUCGCGGAAUCCCACGGCACCGAGCCUCUGUAUCACCAGAGCCGGUGGAGCCAAUACCUCACCUGCGUGUACUGGGCCAUGACCACCAUGACCACCAUCGGGUACGGCGACAUCGUUCCGAGCAACGUGGACGAGCGAAUACUGACAGUGUUUGCGGAGUUGAUGGGCAGCAGUGUGUUUCUCUACGGGCUAACCCAGGUCACGGGGCUCAUCGCCAACAUCAACUCGUCGGAUGUGGAGUUUCAGAAGCUGAUGGACGUGGCCAACGAGUACUUCGAGUUUCGACAGAUCCCGGUGCCGCUGCGGGUGAAGGUGCGAGAGUUCUUCCACUAUAAACGCGCAUCGAGCCUGUUCUACGGGGAGAAGAAGUUGUUGGCGCACGUCUCUGACAACAUUCGCGCGGAGUUGCAGAUGUGGUCGCUGCGAAGGGUGCUGAACAAGACGCCGUUCCUGAGAGACGCGGAUGAGAAAUUCGUGAAGCUCAUCGUGCACAAGCUCACGCGAAAGAUUUACGGACCGCGUGAGAUUGUCAUUCGAGAAGGGGACAUCGCAGACGAGAUGUACUUCGUGGCUCACGGCGAGGUGGAGAUACUCGUGGGCCGUACCAGGAUCGCGUAUCUGGACGCGGGC